AUGGCCUUGCUUUUGAAUCACGCAUAUCAUGUAGGGUGGAUCUGUGCACGACGCGAGGAGAUGGUGGCUGCCAGGGCAAUGUUGGACGAAGAUCAUGGUGUGAUUCGAGGAGAAGGCCAAGACUACAACACCUAUUUUGCCGGACGUAUCCAUGAUCAUCAUGUGGUUAUAGCGGUGCUACCAGCAGGCAUUGAUGGAAAGAUUUCUGCCGCAAGUGUUGCAACGGACAUGGCAAGAACAUUCAACUGGCUCCGUUUCGUCCUGCUUGGUGGCGUAGGGGGAGGCAUACCGCGUCUCGAAGGAGUCGACAUUCGCUUGGGAGACGUCGUGGUGAGCCAACCGAACGGCGACAGCGGUGGAGUUGUGCAGUAUGAUAAAGGGAAGAGCAUUCAUGGCGGAGGCUUCAUUCGACAAGGGAUACUCAGGCCGCCACCCAACAUGCUCCUGACUGCGCUCACCGCAUUGCAGGUGGAGCAUGUCCUGAACGGGAGCUAUCAGAUGUCCGCCUAUCUUACAGAAAUGAUGGAACAUCGUCCGGGGCUGAAAGACAAAGGAUACUGCCGUCCGACACCGCCGAUUGAUCGCCUCUUUAAGCCCACCUAUCAACAUGCUGACUCCGGGCGCGAUUGCACUAUGUGUUCUCCAGCUGAGGAGAUCAAACGGGAUGCACGUGUCAACGGCGAUCCCAAGAUCCACUACGGAGUCAUCGCCUCGGGGGAGCGGGUGGUCGAGGACCCAGUAUUCCGGGACAGUUUGCAUAAGAGCUAUCGAGCUCUAUGCGUUGAAACUGAAGCCGCGGGUGUAUUGCACAACUUUCCGUGCCUGGUUAUCAGGGGCAUCUGCCACUACGCCGACUCUCACAAAAAUGAUGACUGGCGCAGCUACGCUGCCAUGACAGCUGCAGCAUACGCAAAGGAGCUCCUUACGUAUGUAUCAUCUGGUGAUGUUGCAUUUGAAAAGCCAGUGGAGGAAGUCGAGGAAGUCGAGGAGGGGUGGUCCGCUCGGCGCCUUAAUAUGGCACCAUCGCGGUCUUCAGGCAGUCAUCAAUCAGCUGGGCUGGAGGAGCAAGCGCAGUCGCAGUUUGCCACCUAG